ACCAUGCGCAGCAGACUAUGCUAACGUCAGAAAGCCUUUGACAGAAUUUGGAACGUUAUUGGGUGGUUCAGAUUCCACGUGCACAACGCGUUGACCUUUAGCUUCAUCAGAUGGAUGUGGUUGGUAUGCCUGUGUGGAUCUGUUUCUCACCUGUCGUAUGGAGGUCAUGGAAGUCCAUUCCCAUCACCAACGUACCAUCAUACAUCCAUCCAUACAUACAUGAUAUGAUCCCAUCCCAUGAGCAUUCAUCAGAGGGAUAUCGAUUGUCAGAGGCUGCGUGGCCUUUUUUGUUUGUUUUUUCCAUCUUUCUCUUUCUUUUUUAACAACAACAAAUAUUAGGGGUUUUUUUUUUUUUUAAUUUUCUUCUCCUCCUUGCUCUUUAAUCUCCCGCUUUUCCCCCAUCUUUCGGCAAUUCCUAGAUUCGCCAGUUAUUUUUAGGGUUUGCAGAUCUAUUCAGCUUCUCUGCUUAACCUUUCCUCUUCUUCACCAUGUUUUGGAAGCUCACAGCUCUAUCGCCCUCUUCUCCCGUGGAGUCGAUAUUGGACAAGGAAAACUUCACUUUGGAAGAGCUUCUGGAUGAGGAAGAAAUAAUCCAAGAAUGCAAAGCUUUAAAUAGUCGACUCAUCAAUUUUCUACGAGAUAGAGCCCAAGUUGAGCAGUUAUUGCGAUAUAUUAUCGAAGAACCCCCAGAGGAUGCUGACAGCAAACGGGUCUUCAAUUUCCCAUGUAUUGCCUGUGAGAUAUUUACAUGUGAGAUUGAUGUUAUUCUGAAGACUUUAGUCGAGGAGGAAGAGUUGAUGAACUUGCUUUUCUCCUUCUUGGAACCAAACCGUCUUCAUAGUGCCUUGCUAGCUGGUUAUUUUAGUAAGGUUGUUGUAUGCCUUAUGCUACGGAAGACUGUUCCACUUAUGAACUAUGUUCAAGUACAUCAAGAUGUGUUCCACCAACUGGUUGAUUUGAUAGGAAUCACAUCCAUCAUGGAGGUUUUGGUUCGGUUAGUAGGAGCUGAUGAUCAUGUAUAUCCAAAUUUUUUGGAUGUAAUGCAAUGGUUAGCUGAUAGCAAUUUGUUGGAAAUGAUUGUGGAUAAAUUGAGUCCAUCAUGUCUGCCUGAAGUUCAUGCUAAUGCAUCAGAAACAUUAUGUGCAAUAACAAGGAACACCCCAUCAGCUUUAGCCACUAAACUCUCUAGUCCAAGCUAUGUUGCAAGGAUAUUUGGUCAUGCAUUGGAAGAUUCACAUUCAAAAUCUGGCCUUGUACACUCACUUUCAGUUUGUAUCUCAUUGUUGGAUCCAAAAAGAUCAGCAAUUGCUUCUCCCUUGAUGUACUCUUUCCGAAAUCAACAUACUUAUGAGCCUGCAAUCCCUGUAAAUUUGGAGACUAUCAAUGCAAUGCUGCCUAAACUUGGUGACUUACUCAUACUUUUGAAUGUAUCAUCUGAUGAGAAGAUUUUGCCUACCACGUUUGGAGAAUUGAGCCCGCCUCUAGGGAAGCAUCGCCUAAAGAUUGUGGAGUUCAUUGCUGUGCUGUUGAGAACUGGAAAUGAAGCUGCAGAGAAGGAAUUGGUCAGCUCAGGAACCAUUAAACGAGUUCUUGAUCUUUUCUUUGAGUAUCCAUACAAUAACGCACUACAUCAUCAUGUGGAGAGUAUAAUAUUAUCAUGUCGAAACAAAAAAGAUGCUAUAGUUAAUCAUCUUCUUCAAGAAUGUGAUUUAAUUGGGAGAUUUCUCCACACCGACAAACAUCCAAUUCUUUCUGGUGGCAACAAUCAGCCAACUUUACCUGCUGCUGGAAAAUGUGCACCACGAGCAGGAAACAUCGGACACAUUACACGUAUUUCAAAUAAACUUGUACAGUUGGGAAGCAGCAACAGCUGCAUUGAGGCAUGUCUACAGGAAUAUAGUGAAUGGAAUGAAUGGCAAGCUAAUGUUCUGCGAGAGCGUAAUGCAGUUGAAAAUGUUUAUCGAUGGGCUUGUGGCCGCCCAACAGCAUUGCAAGACAGAACAAGGGAUAGUGACGAGGAUGAUCUUCGUGAUAGAGAUUAUGAUGUUGCAGCUUUAGCAAAUAAUCUAAGCCAGGCUUUCACAUACAAAAUAUAUGGGAAUGAUGAUAAAGAAGACCUUGGUGCUCUUGGUCGAGAUGAUGGGGAUGUGUACUUUGAUGAUGAAUCUGCUGAGGUUGUUAUAUCAUCCUUGAGGCUAGGUGAUGACCAGGGGAGUCUGUUCACAAAUUCCAACUGGUUUGCAUUCCAAGAUGACAGAAUCGAUAAUGCACCUAUGGCCACAUCCCCUACACAGGUGAUGGAUGAGAUUAACUUGAAUGGCACUGCAAAUGGUGGUAACAGCAGUAGUGAUGAUGAGGUCGUAGUUGGAGACGAGGAUGAGAUGAAUGAAAGCAAACAGUCGGUGAAUGGCACAUCCACGUGCAAUGCAAUGAAUGGAUUUAACAAUUUCAUGAGUGGUGGAGACUUGAAUCCACAAGGGGAGAAAGCAAAUGCUUUUCAUGAUAUGGGAUUCUUCAGGUUUGACACACCAGAAAACGAGGACGUGUUUGGAGAUAGGUCUUUACCUGAGUGGGUGCGAUGGAGAGGUUCUUCGGAUUUGUUAGUAGGUGGAUUAAGCAAGAAUCCGUUUCUCGAUGACAGCUCAGAUGUCAACCUAUCCAGUCAUACUAAGACAGUGAUCACUGAUGUGGGGUCCCUCUCAAAUGGGGAAUCCAUCCUUCCAAAUGUUUCCUCGGACUCCAUGGAUUUGAGUGACGGGUCAGCGAGCAGUGAUACAAGUCAGAAAUCUCCGCCACCAGUGCCCUCUUUGUUUGAAGAGGAUGUUGAAUUUAUAGGUGUGGAAUUAGAAGGUACAGAGAAGGCAAUGGAACAAGCUUUAAAAGAAGGAAUAGUUGAGGAAGCCGGGCCAUUGAAGAGGAACAUUAUUCCAAAGGUACCAGAAAUGGAGAAUUCAGAUAAUGGUGGAGCUGGGAUGAAGGAGUUCAAUGAUGCAAACUAUUGGAGGGCUGAUCACGAGGUUGCUGUUUUGGAGUAAUGCUGGCCAAACAUGUUUGUAGCUGAACCUGAUGUUGGAUCUGCGUGCGACUAUCGCAGGUUUGGUCGGCGAGGCCUGAAGCAGCAAAAUUCAUAUGUACAGUAUAAUUUUGUUUACAGAUGGGGUUGACAGGUAGGCUUUGCUAUGGUUAUUACUGUUCAUUAGAUAUUGUUACGUGUUGUUUUAUUAUUCAAGGUUUUGUUUCUUCCUGUUGCUGAUUUUAAGGCAAGGGUUUAACUUGUCAAAUCAUAUUUUAACUUAAUUUUAAUGGCUGGAAUAAUAAUACUCUUCCACUUAUGAUUUAUCAUU